AUGUGCAAACAAUACUACUACCUAUCCCUCUGCUCCAAACCCAAGUGCGACGCGAUCCUCGGCCGCAAACACCGAAACCGCUAUUGCCGUUCCGCCCUCGACGCACGCAGGCUGGGCCGCUGCACUGACGGGGUCAUGGUUAUGAACGAGUUCCGGCAUUGCGAGACGGGGCCUUGCCGACGGUGUAGGACCGAGACGGGAACGGAACCGAGGGUUGAGAGCGAGAAGACGGUCGUUUUGGAUGGCUUUGGUGUGUCUCUGGCCGGACCGGCGGCAAGACGGAGGGGGAGUGAGGUGGAGGUAAAAAGGACUCGAGGAGCGCAGACUAAGGCGUCGAGAUCCCGAAAGUGCGCUGGAAGUGUGUUUGAGUUUGCCUUUGAGAACGCGCUGGGAAGGGAAGUGGAAGAUUUCGACAAGAGUCAGAAGAAGGAUCUUAAGCGGAAGCGGAAAGGAGGUUCCGAGAUGAAGCGAGACAACCACGACUUUGACAACGCGGAAGAACGGUUGAUGAUUGUCAGUCCAGCGAAUAGCACGUUUGACCUCCACGAAGAUCGUGCCGUUGGUGAGCAAUGGGCAGGGGUAUCGAGAGAAAGAACUGUUGACAACUUUUACUACGGUUUCGAGAGCGUAGCUAAGGAUGAUCGCGACUCGGGAUAUUGCGCGGGAAGCGCCGAAUCGAGCGUACUUUGUUCACAGACACCAGAUAUAUGCCUGAAGAACCCAUCAUGA